CACUGCAGCCUCAGAGGUCUGGUGAUAGAUGUAUUCCGUUAGUUAAACAGAACAAUUGAGCAAGAGUGGAAGGAGACGAAGGAGCUGGAGGAAAAGAGAUACAAGACUGCAGCAUUUCGGAAUGUCUUUGCGUGCGCUAUGUGUUAUUGUCAUUGUCUGUAGCCUCCUGGACCUCUCCGAGGCUGCCUGCGCAAAAGCUGCUAAGAAAAAAGGCAGAGUCACACGCCUGGAUAAUUGUAAUUCUUCAAUUCUAGACGAUGACAUUCGGGGACACCUGGAAUCUACCAUGGCAACCACCAUUGUCCCAUCCUUCUAUAGUAUCGUAUUCAUUUUGGGCCUUCCAGCCAAUGGCAUUGCUUUGUGGGUGCUCGUUUUCAAAGCCAAGAAGAUCCCGUCCACGCUCUUACUAAUGAACCUGGCAGCCGCUGACUUGCUAUUUAUGUUGGCGUUGCCCUUUAAGAUUACUUACCACUUCCUGGGGAACAACUGGAUUUUUGGUGAAGCUCUGUGCCGGAUUGUCACGGCUGUGUUCUAUGGAAACAUGUAUUGCUCCGUCUUCUUUCUCACAGUCAUUAGUGUUGACCGUUACUUUGCUUUGGUUCAUCCUUUUUGGUCCAAAGGCGUGAGGAGUUGGAGAAGCUCUACGGCUAUUUCCAUUGGAAUUUGGUUGGUGGUAAUAGCCGGCGUAUCAAUGUUUCUGUUUGUGCCUCAGACAAAAACAUUUACCAGCCCAGGUAUUACGACCUGCCAUGAAAUCUGGCCACACUGCAAGGGCUACGAAUGGUACACCAACUAUUUUAUUGUACUUUUUAUCGUUGGAUAUGUUAUUCCUUUGGUAGCCAUUUUGUUUUCGUAUGUGCCAAUUUUGGUGACUCUGGCAACGAACAGGGAAUCUCAUAGACACGUGAUAAGACUAAUCAUUUUGGUACUCCUCAUGUUCAUCCUGUGCUUUACACCCAGUAAUAUUUUACUUAUCCUUCAUUACUUGGAGACAGACUGGGAUUGCCAUAAUCAACUCUAUAUAUGGUACACUGUGGCUCUGUCUUUGACGUCAUUUAACAGUUGUAUUGACCCUUUUAUCUACUAUUAUAUUUCAAAUGACUUUUGGGUAAUGGUAAAAGAUACGCUUUGUAUCAACAAAGAAGGAAACAGCGAAUCAAGUGAGAGCACUAAAAGAACUAGGAUUCCAUGCUCUUCAGACAAUAAAGAGAUGGUAAGAAGAACGGAUGCUUAUUAGACUAACACCUGGAGAAAAACUGUUUAUCUGGGAUCUAUAUACCAUACUGACAAAUUAAAAUGUUUACUUAAAUAUAUAUACAGUAUAUUUAGAGUCUGUUAUAAAUUAAUUACAAUAUAUAUCUCUUUGGCGAUAGUUACUAAUAG